AUCCAUCCAGAAGAAGAAGAAGCAUUCAUCCAUCCAGAGCAAGCAGCCUUCAUUCAUCCAGCAGCUGAUCUCUAUUUACAGACCUAAACUAAAGAUGGGCCAGUACAUCACUACUAUCGAUGUUUCUACUAAGAAGAAUGAGGAGUCUGAGCUCGACAAAAAGGGCUUCACCAAAAUUCCUGUUAAUCUGAAUCCAGGAAAUAAAGCAAACGGAACCUUCCUCUGGUACAAUACCAUUGAGAACCAGCCUAACACCCAACCAAUCACCAGGAUCCAGUUUUCCUUCACAGAGGGAAUGGAAAAAGGUCUGAAAGCUCAAAAGUACCAGAAGGUUGACCAAGAUCUUACCGAUGGCACUGGUGAAAGGCCCAUCUACCUGUGGUUCUUCAGAGGCACCACUAGGUAUGAUGCUCCAAUCGUACAGCUUUUCAUCUCCACUGAUGCAGCAAGUGAUGCUGAAAUGGUUCAGCCUCUGUGGGAGAGGUCAGCCUGUAAUCUGAACCGGGCUGGAGGAAAGUGGUUCCACCUGUGGAUGAAGAGGUCAGCGCAAGCUUAUGUCUGUGAUGUCACCGCCACUAACAACAGUGCUGCAGACGCCGACUUGUUCCGUAAAGGUUACAUCCGAAUCGACGAAAACCUCAACAAAGGUGCAGGGGGGGAGGAAGUCUUCAUCUGGUAUCGACAGACCACUGAUGAUGAUGAUCUCAUCAGAGAUCUGCAGAUUUCCACUAACCCUGAUGAGGUGAAGAGCCUUCAGGGCCAAUAUUAUCAGCAAGUUUCAACCAACCUGAGUAAGAGAGGAGCCAAUGUGUUUCUUUGGUACAAAAAAGAGUGCGGGAAAAAACCCAUCAACAUGGUCACCCUGCUCGUCGACCAAGCAGCAGUUCCGCUGUUUAAGAUCGCCAAGGCCACGGUUAUCACCAAGGAUCUCAAACCAGGAAUUGCAGGCACCCAAGAAUUCUUGUGUUUUAAUUAGAGAGCAUUCUUAUUGUUUCUGAGUCUGCUCAGUGAGAAUAUUUACUGAUGUUGUUGUGAUCAUAUCUUCCAUGAAACAAUCUUUCUGUCUCUUAGACGUCCUCUUGUUUUCUGACUCUAAUUUUCCUGUUUUAAUAAAG